AUGAUGGAUGAUUCAAACAAACUAAUGACGGAAAUAAAAGGAGAACUAGCUACAUUGAAGAAGGAAAAUGAUGAUCUCCGCAAAGAAAAUGCAACCCUUACUGUGGAAGUGACCUCUUUGAAAGACAGAGUCCGCUCACUGGAACAAUAUUCCAGGAAAAACAACGUUGAGAUAAGCGGGAUCCCUCAAACUCCAAAUGAAGAUGUGGUUAAGUUGGUAAAAGAUGUUGGAGCUGCUCUGGGAAUCGACAUCCAGGAAGGUGACAUAUCGAUUGCACACCGUGUUCCAUCCUUCAAAAAAGAACGCACGCAGCCACUUAUCGUCCAGUUCUCCAGGAGGACAUCUCGUGAAACCUUGCUGAAAAGUUUUAGGGAGAAGAAGACGAUGACAGCCAAAGAAAUCCAUGCAGCCUUCCCAGCCCGGAGCGUCUACGUCAACGAACACCUUUCUCCAGAAAAUAAACAAUUUCUGUCAAAGCUUAAAGAAAAGUGUAAAGAAGUCGGAUACAAGUAUGCGUGGUGCAGAGAAGGUAAAUUCUUCGUACGGAAGUGUGACAAUGAUCGCUGCCUCAGAGUGGACACCUACGAGGAACUUGAGAAACUUAAAUAA